AAGACCAUCUCUCUUCUCCCUUAUCUCUCAGCUUUGAGCUUCUCUCUCAACGAAAGAACUCAAGCUUCUCAUAACCAUAAUUUUAUAAUACGCCUCCGUUUUGCGAUUCUUAACCCUUGUUUUGUCUUUAUCAUCAUUACUAAAUCAUGCAAGCCGCUACGUCGUGUGAUCUCAAGUUCCGAUCAACAGCUCCCACAGCUAGGAGGAACAAACGUUUCUCUCACGCGAUUCCAAAGCGCGUGUCUGUUACUUGCGGUUAUAGGUCGGAGUCGUUUAGCUUCCCUAACGGUGUCUCCGUGAACCGAGCUGAUUGGCAAAGCUCAUGUGCCAUUUUAUCUAGUAAAGUUGCUUCCGUUGAAAACUCCGGUGGUUUAGCCGACAAAAUCGCCGCCGUUAACGGUCACACGAACGGCUCCGUCAAUCUUGGUAUCGUCGCCGUUGAGUCCACUAACGGGAAAUUAGCUCCGGUACCGGUUCAGCCGUUGACGAUUACUGAUUUAUCUCCGGCACCGUUGCAUGGUUCUAGUCUCCGUGUAGCUUACCAAGGUGUUCCCGGCGCGUACUCGGAAGCAGCCGCCGGAAAAGCUUAUCCUAAUUGCGACGCUAUUCCAUGUGAUCAGUUCGACGUUGCUUUUCAGGCGGUGGAGCUUUGGAUCGCUGAUAGAGCCGUGCUUCCGGUGGAGAACUCACUCGGUGGUUCAAUCCAUCGGAACUAUGAUCUUCUCCUCCGUCACCGUCUCCAUAUCGUCGGAGAAGUUCAGAUUCCAGUUCACCAUUGCCUCCUCGCACUCCCAGGAGUCAGAACGGCUUGCGUUUCGCGGGUGAUCUCUCAUCCGCAAGCCUUGGCUCAGACGGAACACUCUCUCGACGUCCUUACACCACAUGCAGCGCGUGAGGCUUUCCACGACACAGCGGCUGCUGCAGAAUACAUUGCAGCUAACAACCUUCACGACACGGCAGCUGUGGCUAGCUCACGCGCUGCCGAGCUCUACAGCCUCCAGAUAUUAGCAGACGGUAUCCAAGACGAUCCCGGGAACGUCACACGCUUCCUAAUGCUAGCGCGUGAGCCUAUAAUACCACGCACGGACCGGCCGUUCAAGACGAGCAUCGUCUUUGCUGCACAGGAGCACAAAGGAACCAGCGUCCUCUUUAAAGUCCUCUCGGCUUUCGCUUUCAGAGACAUUAGCUUGACCAAGAUCGAGUCGCGGCCUCACCACAACCGCCCACUCAGGGUCGUUGGCGACGGGAGCUUUGGCACGGCCAAGAACUUCGAGUACAUGUUUUAUUACAUUGUCCCGAGGAAAAACCGUAGAGACAUUCCCAUCUCGUGA